CGUCAUACAGGUAGAUUGUAAUUUACCUGCAGCAGGUGUGAGCUGUCAGAACCCCCCUCGGAGCCGUGUCGAACAGGUUUUGCUGCUGAAAAACCAAAUUGGAGGCAGUUAUGGCAAAAGAAAAGGGAGACCCGACCAUUAUGAGCAUGUUGGUUUUUGGAAACGUCCUUAUUGCGCUUUGUGGAAUAACAUUGUUUGCUGUAACAAUAUGGGUCGUCACUGAUGGGUACGAUCUCUAUCCUAUCAUGAGUGUAUCCGGAAAGGAUGACGUCUUCGCUGGAGCCUGGAUUGCCAUUUUCACUGGAUUUGCUUUCUUCUGCACAGCAAUCUAUGGGAUUUUUGCUGUCCUUAAGCAAAGCCGCAGCAUGAUGCUACUGUAUCUGAUAGUGAUGGUGAUCAUCUACAUCUUUGAGAGUGCCUCCGCUAUCACUUCGUACACCCACAGAGAUUAUCUGGUCUCCAACAGCAACUUUAUUAAGAAGCAAAUGCUGCAGUAUUACGCGGAUGACAGUGAUCCUGGCCGCCAGAUCACCACUGUGUGGAAUCGAGUCAUGUUUGAUUUUAAUUGCUGUGGUACUGACAGUGCUCUUGACUGGAAUGAUUAUACCUCAGCCUUCAAGAACAAAUUCAGAGACUCCUUAACCUGGCCUCUGAACUGCUGUAAACGCAAGCGCAAUUAUGAAGUGAUCAGCCUGGAUGCUUGCAAGAUUGGAAACCUGGACUACAUGAAUGGAAACGGUUGCUUUCCUCACAUCAGUUUCGUCUUUAGUAGGUACGCCUGGGCUGUUUCAUGGUUUGGCUUGGCUAUCCUCAUGUUUACGGCUCUGGUGCUGCUGUUGGCUAUGGUGUACUAUGUCAAGCUUUAAGACCCAUGAUCUCAAUCUGCUCCACCUCUCUGUUCCAGUCCAAGAUUUUGU